AUGCCAGGAAAUGCAGAGCCACAAAAUGCCAGAGACUUUGAAGAAGCAACAGGAGUUCAUCAAAUUGACGAGUCUACAUGGGAGGGAAAUCAUCCUUUGAGACUUCCGCUCACUGGGGCUCGUGGUGUCUAUGGGGGUCACAUGUGUGCUCAAACAUUGUUAGUGGCGAUGAAAACUGCACCAGGAUAUGUUCCCCAUUCGUUUCAUUCUCAUUUCAUAAGAGCAGGAAACCCUAAAUCCAAGUGUAUUUACAAAGUUUCAUCUCUUAAUGAUGGGAAGGCUUUUUGUCAAAGGCAAGUAACCAUGUUGCAGGACGGGAAGGUCACAUUCACAGCCAUGUGUUCGCUCAAGAAGAAAGGUGUCAACUUCAAGUCAAAAGUUUUGGGAGACUACGUGCAUACGGAAUCUAUGUUCUUCAAAAAAUAUAAAGACCCUUCGUUGCUCUAUAAAACUUAUCACACGGACUUUAUUGUGAAUGCAUUCUCGGAAGAAUUUCUUAACUACGAGCUAUGUCCUGAUGAGCGCAAUAUGCAGCCGAGCGAAAGGUGGAUUCACCUAUGGAGCAAGCUUCAUCAGCCGCAAAAGACUAAAAUGAGCGACCCAAAACUCAAUUACAUUGGUUUAGCGCAUCUUUCAGAUGCUGCGAUACUUACAACCAUGGCUCGUGCACUUCAUUUAGAAUGGAAUCCCACCGCUGAUAAUCCUAGAGAAGAAUUUGAUUCAGAAAAAGAUGCCAGAAAAAUUAUGAAUGUGUCUUUGAAUGCAAUGCAUUUAUUUCAUUACACGGCAAUGUCGUUGGAUCAUCAUCUCUACUUUCACGUCGAUGAUACCGAUGAACUCGAUGUAUUGAAUGACUGGCUUUUCUUGACAUAUCAAUUCAUGAUAUCAAGGAAUUCCAGGACAUUAGUAAGAGGUCACUUCAUGAAUAAAGACGGCGUUUGCGUCGCCACGUUUAUACAAGAGGGUUUGACGUUCAUGAAACCAGGCGUGCCUGGAACGACCGGUAAAAAAUUCCCAAAACUUUAG